AUGUCGUCUGGCUUUGUUUCAGGGGAUACAACGGAGUAUACUCCGGCGAAUGAUGGGGAAUGGCAGAAGGUGAAACAAGAGCUUGAAGCAUCGCGGAAACGUAGAGCAGAGCAACAGGGGACGCAGGAGGGGGGGAAGAGUCUCUACGAUAUUCUUCAGCAGAAUAAAGCGGCAAAACAAGAAGCGUUUGAGGAAUCAAUCCGGCUGAAGAACCAAUUUCGAGCUCUCGAUGAAGAUGAAGUUGAAUUUCUAGACUCGUUGCUGGAGUCAACUCGCGCCAAAGAGGCUGCUGUACAGAAGGAAACAAUGGAGCAAUUGGAAUUAUUUCAUCGCCAACGGGAAGAAGCAGAGAAGAAAGCAUUUCUUGAGGAAAACGGCCCAGAUCACCCGAGUGGCGGGCUAGCCACUGAAGAGGAGCAGUGGGUGAUCUCGAAUAAGAAACGGAGACGGGCUAAAGAGAAUGAUACUCUUCAAGGGGUGAAGCUCCGAAAGUCGUCUACCACCACUAGCCUACCCCCCGCCAGUCAAAGGGCCACGGCAGCCCCCGGUGUCAAGAUCGUCGCGGCGUCAGACCCGCAGGCCAAAGAAGGAUCUCACUGUGGCGGCAACGAUGCUUCAAAGCUAAUCGAGCCGCAGGAAAAUGCAGCCUCACUGAAAGCGCCGAUUGGAACAAAGCCUGCCGCGGCAGUAUCUUCAGCUCUUGGGUUGGGCGCAUAUAGCUCUGAUGACGAUUGA